CGACUUCUUCAAAAAAUUAAUUCCCAGUCGAGUCAGCUAUAUCAGUCCUGCAGGCCUGCUGAUCCUCUUCUGCCAGUCAUUUUCAUGUUGUUGUUUCUUGGUCAUCGAAGAUCUUGGUGUUUUCCUAGUAUCUUACCUUCGGAAUCAGAAGCAGUUUACCAGUGGAGAUCUCUUGUGCAAACAAAACUCCUGAUUUUACUGAAACGUAACACUGUGAUCACGACGCCAGCACAGGGACUUGCUUGGUGACAAUUCUAUCACCUCAGCUUUGUUUCAACAUGGCAGGUGCAGGGAGAAAAGGUCUAAAGUUGGCUCUCAUUCAGCUGGCAGUUGGCAGUGAUAAAGCAGUGAAUAUUCGCCGUGCGUGUGAAUUCAUCUCUCAGGCUGCUAAAGCUGGUGCUCAGCUUGUCGCACUACCAGAGUGUUUCAACUCCCCCUAUGGCACACAGUACUUUCAACAAUACGCUGAACCUGUACCGGAUGGUGACUCCAGUGUUGCCCUGGCGACAGCUGCUAAGCAACAUAACAUCUAUAUCCACGGAGGAUCAGUACCAGAGCGUGAUGGAGACAAGUUGUACAAUACCAGUGUAUUCUAUGGGCCGGACGGAUCCAUCUUGGGCAAGUACAGAAAGAUGCAUUUGUUUGACAUAGACAUUCCUGGAAAAAUUCAAUUCAAAGAGUCGGAAACCCUCUCUCCUGGAAACGGUGUUACUAUCAUAGAAACACCUUGGUGUAAGGUUGGUCUUGGUAUCUGCUAUGACCUACGGUUUUUUGAACUUGCUGCUCUCAUGGCACGCAAAGGUGUGGACUUGCUCCUGUAUCCCGGUGCAUUCAAUAUGACUACAGGUCCCAAGCACUGGGAACUACUGCAGAGAGCCAGAGCUGUGGAUAAUCAGUGUUUUGUAGCAUGUGCUUCACCGGCGAGGGAUGAGACAGCUACCUACGUAGCAUGGGGUCAUUCUACUGUGGUUGAUCCAUGGGGAGCUGUGUUGGCAAAAACUGAUGAGAAAGAAGGCAUUGUCUAUGCUGAUCUUGAUUUCAAUGCUGUGGAUAAUGUGCGUGCUUCCAUUCCAACACGUCAGCAGAAGCGUCACGAUGUUUACAAGUUAGAAGAUGCUUAGACCUAGCCCUUCAGUGCUUCACUCUCGCUGGGCCAACCCACCCCGUCAGUUUUGUCGAUGCAACACCUUUAUUUCUAUAUUUGAUUUCAAACUACAAUAUACUCCAUUGCACAUUGCAGUGUGUACCACAGUACCAUUUCACGAUAUUUUACUGAGCUCAUGAUACAAACUCAUCAUAGAACAAAAUCUCUGAGGCAACCUGCUAUAGUGCUCCAAUGCCAGUACAAAUCUUGUUUUUAUAGAGCAUGAAAAAAAGUAUCGAAUUACUUGAAUACAUAAUGCUGUGUGCUCUCCAUGUGAACCAUAAACCUUAUUUCAUUUCAGUGUACAUGCAUCAAGGCAAGUGGCCAGUGUAUCUUUCUUCUUCUUCUCUGUUGUGGGGUGUAGCAGUUCCUGCUGCCCAGUCACUGUCUUUUUAACUUCUUUUAUGAACUGGUGGCCGUUAUCUGGUGGCGGUUCUGUAUUAUUUACUUCAGUAGGCUAGCGUUGAUCACAUUUUUUGGUGUCACAUGUACUACUGGACCAUGGUAUGUCUGUCUCCAGUGGGGUUCAACUGAUUUUCUUUCAACGCCAUCAACAAAGCCAGACCAUCUUUGAUCUACUUCUAAGUACAUGGCACUUUACAUUCUGUGUUACUUUCAAAGUUUGUUUAUCUUCAAAUUAGAGCAUGUAGUUGUGUUUAGUGCGCAGUUGUGUUUUUAGUUUUUGCAGAGAUAGUUCUGAUGGUUUUCCCUAUGACUUCUGGUGUUUUCGCAACACGAUGCUUUACGAGUACAGUGGACAGCAA